CCACCAUGGCCACCCACCGCCUAGUGAUGGUCCGCCACGGUGAGAGCACCUGGAACCAGGAGAACCGCUUCUGCGGCUGGUUCGACGCAGAGCUGAGCGAGAAGGGUGCUGAGGAGGCCAAGCGGGGGGCUGUGGCCAUUAAGGACGCCAAAAUGGAGUUUGACAUCUGCUACACAUCAGUGCUGAAGCGGGCCAUCCGCACACUCUGGACCAUCCUGGAUGGAACAGACCAGAUGUGGCUGCCCGUGGUGCGCACCUGGCGCCUCAAUGAGCGCCACUACGGGGGCCUCACAGGCCUCAACAAGGCAGAGACGGCUGCCAAGCACGGGGAGGAGCAGGUGAAGAUCUGGCGGCGCUCCUUCGACAUCCCGCCACCCCCCAUGGAUGAGAAGCACCCCUACUAUGCUGUCAUCAGUAAGGAACGCAGGUACGCAGGGCUGACGUCCGGGGAGCUGCCCACCUGUGAGAGCCUCAAGGACACCAUCGCACGUGCCCUGCCCUUCUGGAACCAGGAGAUUGCCCCGCAGAUCAAGGCUGGCAAGCGGGUGCUCAUCGCAGCCCACGGCAACAGCCUGCGGGGCAUCGUCAAGCAUCUGGAAGGGAUGUCGGACCAGGCCAUCAUGGAGCUGAACCUGCCCACGGGGAUCCCCAUCGUGUACGAGCUGGACCAGGCACUGAAGCCCACCAAGCCCAUGCGCUUCCUGGGAGAUGAGGAGACCGUGCGCAAAGCUAUGGAGGCUGUGGCAGCCCAGGGCAAGGCCAAGUGAGGGUGGGCACCGGCAAUAAAGCCAGCUUUUCCCCCUGC